AUGUUUAUUUUCUUCGUUUUACUUGCAACAAUGCUUGAAUCAACGGAAACAGUUACCGAUCUACCAGAUUAUCACGUUGAUCUUCGAAUGAGCAGUCAAACUAAACCCUAUCCAUACGGUGUUGAGUUUUGUGUGAUACCAAAAACCGGUUCAAUGAUCACAACUGAAAUUCUCUGUGAUUUGCUGCGUGAUUAUCGUGAAAUCCCAUAUAAACACAAUUUUGGGAAGAACAUAAGUGGAAUCAAUGCUUGUGUAAACAACACCUUUUACCCGGAUGCUCAUUUGGAGAAAUGGAAACGAUCAACGAAAAUCGUCCGUUUUACAAUCGUUCGCGAUCCAAUCGAACGAUUCGCCUCGUAUUAUGGCCACUUUUGUGGAAUGCUUAAUCAAUGUGAGGGAAAAGAUAUUCACCAAUACUCGAGAUGGAUGUACUUCAUGCUAAACAACAAAAUCAAACCAAAAACCCACUUAACGAUGGGCAGACUUUUUCACGGAUAUCCACAAUCAUGGUUCUGUAAUCUUGGCUCUGAUAAAGAGAUUCAAAUAAUUCGCUACACUCACAACAAAAAGGAGAUGGCGAAGCAAUUCUUGCGCAUUUUGAAGAAAGCAAAAGUCCCGAAGAAACUUGCGAAGCGGGCUCUGAAACACUUGAAGAAAUCGAGCACCGUUCACGCAGCCAAACACUCAGAACGACAGAAACUCCGUGAACAAAUCGUCACAAAUCCCACAACGAUGGAGCACGUUCGAGCAAUUUAUCAUGAUGACUUCGAGCUUUUUAACAAACAUUCUCAA